AUGGGCAUCCGCGAUUCUUUUCUCCGUACUGUCGUCGACACUCCUCCUCUCUCAUACACCACUCCACCUUUUCCAUCCUUGUACUGGCCUUUCCCCGUCGGCGGAACCCAGACCCUGUACCUCUAUCACUCGCACGACAUAUGGCGCUUCACUCUCCUCUGGACCAUCAUUGAUGUCGUCGGCAUCCAUCUGAUUGCUGCCGCUUUUGCCAUGGCUAUCCAAUGGCGUAACUGGAAGCUUAUAUGGCUUGUCCCUUUCGUCUUCGGCUUCAUUGGUGCUGUCGAGGCCAUCAUUGCUGGCAAUGUUGUUGGUGGUCUUCUAAGCGGUGUCUAUUCUGCUGGCUACUUUCGCAUGUCCACCUGGAUCCCCUUCUCCUGGGGCGCCAUCAAUUCCCUCGUCCUGAUCCUGUCGUCCUUUGCCAUACAAGGUGGCAUGUGA